GUGAGCCUUAUGGGUCGCGCAUAAAUACCCUAUAGAAUAUAAUAUUUAAAAACAAUAAUUAUUGUGGUAAUAUUAGACCAAAUUAGUGGUGUAGUGCACUUAAAGGAAUUUUAAGAAGAUUCAUAAUGGCGUCAAUGGAUAACAUUCAUGACACCUCGGUACCUGGUUUCUACGCCGGGAAAUCUGUUUUCAUCACAGGUGGAACUGGCUUUUUAGGAAAGGGCCUUAUUGAAAAACUGCUAUAUAGUUGCAAGGAUAUCGGCAAAGUAUAUAUCUUAGUUCGAGAGAAGAAGGGAGUAUCAGGACUAGACAGGAUUAAGAAAAUCCUGGAUUCCGAGCCUUUUGCUCGACUGAGAGAAACACGACCCCAAGAUUUGGAAAAGAUAGUCCCCAUCUAUGGAGAUCUUGUCGCAGAAAAUCUUGGUAUAAGUCAAGAAGAUCAGGAAAUACUUUUUAAUGAGGUAUCCGUUGUAUUCCACUUAGCUGCUACUAUAAAGUUCAAUGAACCAUUGUCAGUGGCAAUGAAAGUAAACGUCGAAGGCACAAAGGAGGUGAUGAAGCUAGCGCAGCAAAUGAAACUUUUGAAAUCGUUCGUAUACGUAUCAACUGCGUACUCAAAUACGAGUAUGACAAGAUGGCACAUUGAAGAGAAACUCUACCCAUCACCUAAACCAAUGAAUGAGGUCUACGAUUUGAUUAAAAAUAAUGACCCAAGCGAAAGAUUCUCUCCUGAAGUCUUAGACGGACGUCCAAAUACAUAUUCAUUUACAAAGGCCCUUGCUGAAAAUUUUGUUGUGGAAAAUCACGGUGAUAUGCCGACAGUAAUUGUGCGACCAGCUAUAGUGACAGCCGCGGUAAAAGAACCAGUGGCAGGUUGGAUUGACAAUUGGCAAGGUCCUACACCGGUACUGGCACUGAUUGCCAAGGGAUGGGUGCGCACUUUGUAUGGAGACAAGAAAUUUGCUUUCGACAUAAUCCCUGUUGAUUACGUCAUCAAUCUUACAAUUGUCAGUGGAUCACGUUGUAAGAAAUCCAAAGAGGUUCCAAUUUAUCAUGCCUGUAGCAGUACAAGCAAUCCAAUCACAUUAAAGAAAACCUCCGUAUUGUAUACUAAAGAGGCCCUUAAAUGCGGAUUCAAUGAGUUACCAUUCCCGGGGAUGCUGUUCUCCAAGUUAGAGUGGUUCCUGGCACUGGCUACCUUUAUUUUGCAAACGGUGCCGGCCUAUCUAGCGGAUUUCUUUCUCUAUCUAAUCGGCAAACCUGCGAGGUAUAUCAAAACGCAGACAAAACUCGCAUCAUAUUUGGACACAAUUCGAUUCUUCUCCUCCCAAUCCUGGAUGAUAAUGAGCGACAAAACGAGGGCUAUGUUCUAUAACCUGAGUCCUGAAGACCGUAAGACGUUCCCCUGCGACGCAUCCCUCUUCAGCUGGGAGGAAUAUAUGCCCAUAUACUACCACGGUGUCAAACGGUUCUUGAUCGACCCCGCUGAGAAAAAUAAGAAGAGUUUAUCGUCGAGUUAAUAAUUUAGUCGCAUUUAUUUUCAAUAUUGCUAUCUCAUUAUCAAUUAAUGCAGUGAAAGGCUAAGCGUCUUAAAAGUUUAAGAUUGGAGGGUUGGACAUAUGAUUGGGUAUAUUGUGGUGGAAAGACAUGCAGCAUGCAAGCAUCAUAGAUAUUUUAGAUGUCUCGAUAGCGAAGAUUGGUUGAAGAGUAAUUGUUUUGUUCAUGAGAGUGUGUUAGCUCGUGUUUCUGUUUGAACCAAUGUGAUAUUAGUCCAAUAUUUUUAUAGGAUUAGUGUAUUUCUAUGUGAAAUAUGUGAAUGGAGUGGUAUUGUAGUUAUUAUAUAACAAUUUUCUAUUUAAUAGGUUAGUCAUUGAUAAAUAUUUAUUCAAGGCUAGUUAUUUAUGAGAUGAAUGAUGAAAUGACUUGAUUCAAAAAUGGAGAUGGUUCUCAAUUCGUCUGUAUUUUCUGUUUGUUACCCCAGAACUUUCGACUGGUUGAACCGAUUAGGAUGAUUAUUUUUUUAUUUGAAAGAUGGUUCCUUCCGUGUGAUCCCAUUUAAAUUUAGGUCUAGUUGUUACUUAUUGAAGAUGAUUUAGUUUUUGUUAAAAAUAUUUUGCUUGUUUUUAACAGCUUUUAAAAUACUAUACUUUUAAAGAUAUAUUUUGGAAUAAUUACAAGAGAAC